AUGAAGGUGAAGAAGAGCGGCGGGACCGGGGCCGGGGCCGGGGCCGGGGCGGCGGCGGCGCGCACCGAGGAGGAGCUGGGCCGCAAGGCGCUCAUCGGGCCCGACGACGUGCUGGGGCUGCAGCGGGUCACCAGCGAUUAUUUGUGCACUCCAGAGGAAAAUGUUUACAAGAUAGACUUCACCAGGUUCAAAAUCCGGGACAUGGAAUCUGGCACAGUGUUGUUUGAAAUCACCAAACCAGCAGCAUCAGAACGUGAAAACAAUGACAAGAAGGACAUUGACCCAAACGCAGGCCGGUUUGUACGCUAUCAGUUUACCCCAGCUUUUCUUAGACUUCGGCAAGUGGGAGCCACGGUGGAAUUCACAGUAGGGGACAAACCCAUCAAUAACUUUCGCAUGAUUGAGAGGCACUACUUCCGGGAUCAGUUGCUUAAGAGUUUUGAUUUUGAAUUUGGGUUCUGCAUUCCCAGCAGUAAAAAUACUUGUGAGCACAUCUAUGAAUUCCCACAGCUCUCCGAGGAUCUCAUUCGAGAGAUGAUCCUUCAUCCAUAUGAGACACAGUCGGACAGUUUCUACUUCGUAGAUAACAAGCUGGUGAUGCACAACAAGGCGGAUUAUUCGUACAGUGGAGGACCUUGAGCGCAGGAUGGGCAGCCAACCUGUGCUGGCCUUCGCUUUCCUUUUGAAGUCGUCAGGGACACCAACACCUUCAGUUCAGUUGCCUACAAAGUCAACUGGACAAGAAUCCACAAACCAAGGACUCUGCCACAGUAGGAGUUUCAUGACUAAAUUUGCCAGUCUAAUCUCUUUCGAUCUUUGAAGCAGACCCAGUUCUUCAGAACCCUAAGCAGUUCUACAAUGCUAAAUGAUCUUUGGAUACCACUUCCCUAAGUUCUUUAGGUGUCUGCUUUGAAAAUGGCCUUGUGGGACCUGGGGGAUUUUGCCCUAAUUGUGUGGAUUUGUGUUCUUGCCCUCAAGCAUUUUUAGGACGUGAUUGCUUUCUCAAAGAAUGCAAUCUGAGAAACCACGUGAGUGGAUGGAUGCAAAUGCAGAGUUUUGUUUAUUUCUUUCUCUUUGUGAAUGCUUCAAAAGCAUGGUCAAUGUAACUUGUACAUCCAGUCGAAAACCUUACAAAAUCAAGUUUCAUCCUUAGAUUAUUUCUCUAAAUAAGCGUCUCAUCCUUUUGUUUUGUUCCUUCUAUGAUUUUUUUUUUUUAUCUUGGAAAUAAUGAAACUUGCAGUGAAGACCAGUAUUUCAAUGACAGCUGUUUUUAAUCAGGCACUGUCCAUUUGCAUUUCAGAUGAAAGCAAAAUAGUGUUGAGUGUAUACAAACCCUCAUAAGCAUUCUCCAUUAAUUUCAUUUUUUGCAAACUGAAUCCAGAAUAAUCUGAAAAAAAUGAAGGAUUUUAGUUGUGCUUUAACACUUUUACAUAGCUAACAUUCAUCCUAUUCAUUCUAUAUGUUAUACAUGCCUGUUUUCUUUCAUCUCUGCUCAUACUAAAACAAGGGCUUCAGCAAUGCUUGCUAGAGCAACACUUUUAUUUGUCUAGGGCAGUCAGAAGGUGUGGACUAUCCAAUUUUUCAUUUGUGUCUGAAGAAUGUUAUAAGGGUGUUUUUCCCUUUGUUAAAAAUGUUUUGCAUUGGAUAUUAAUACAACCGAAACAGUAAGUCUAACAAUGUAGCCUUAAAGCUACAGCAAAAAUAUAGCAAAAGCUCUAUCUUCAGACUCCAUAAGAAGUCUAAUAACAAUCUUGCACAAGUUUCUCAGGAUGUACUUCUUAGAAAGAUAUUAGUGCAGUGAAGUAGGAACAUCAAAAGAGUAAACUAGUGCAUGCAAAACAAAACCUGAGAGGGCUGUGUGGGGUAAAAAGCUUCCAUCGUUUAUUUUUGCCUAAGUAGCCUGUUGUCAUGAAACCCUUACUCUAAAGAUGAGUUCAGUGAUACUUAAAAAGGAAAAAAAAAAAGGCAGUUGCAGAUUGUAGAUAUUUCUAUAAAUACUUGAUGUCUCCAUGUCUAUUUCUGUGAGUUUAAGUGGAACGUUGUAUGUUAGCCUCAGAUAUGUGUGACUGUAAUAAUUUUUAUAAAAUAGCAUUUCCAGUUGUGAUUAACAUCUUUCUAGUCACAAUCCAAGCCAAACAGGAGAACUACAAAUGGUUUCAAAUGUAGCCAUCUGUCUAAGAACAGGGAGAUUUUGUACUAUUAUUGGAGUUGUGAUCACUAUCAAAUGUGUUAGCAUUUGUAUCUGUUUUGGCUUUCUUUAAUUCUGAAGGAGGAUUCAAUUUUCUAAAGAAAUACAGUGAGUUUAGAUUACAGUACAAGUUUUUUUUUUUUUUUUUUUAGGAUUGAAAGUAUGUAGAGUUCACUGAUUUUACACGGUAUCUUGCAGUAAUUAUUAUCACAAUGAGACUUGUAUUUAUUGCUAUUUUUUGUCUCUGAUGUAUAAAACCAUAAAAUUUACCCUACAGCUGACUUAUCAGUUUGAGGAUUGCAAAGAAUUUCCUUAUUAUUUGUAUUAGGCUUUGAGCUACUGAUCACUAAAUUUUAUAGCACAAAAAUUACAAAAGGUGAAAAUAGUUUCAAAAGUCUAGGUCCUCCCCACCUUUUUUUUUCCAUCAAGGCUGUUAAACUGCCUUUAUAUUCAAUGAUGCUUUGCAAAUUUGAAUAUUGAUUAAUUUUGUUCCAACUCUUGAAUGAGCAUAUGUACUGACUUGAAGACAGAUUGAGUGUUUCUGAGUGGCACCUCCUAUACAGGUUUUUUUUGUUUGUUUGUUUUUAUCUUUAAACUCUUACCUGCUGUUCGUAACAAUCACUUCUGUGCGUAAGGCUUUUAAGAGACUUUUAGCAAUGGUGCUUGGCCAGAAUUACCAGUCUUACAUUUCCAACAGCUAUAUCAUGUCAGUAUAUUUCUGUGAGAGCAGUUGUUGUACUUUGGUGUAGACUCUCGUCAGUCUUGGGUUAUCAUACUCAGUAUCCUCUCUGUAUAUGAAUAUUGUAGCAAAUCAUUGUUUGCUGCACUGAAAUAGUCAUGUUCUGCUCAUUUUUUUAUGCUACCUCCUUUAAAGACUUUAGAAGUCAAAAACAAAGGUAAUUUGAUAAAAAUGUUACUGAAAUCAACUAAGACAUGCUCCUAUGAAAAAAGACCCUAAAGAAAUUUACCUUGUUCCCAGCAGUACACUAUGUGGUUGAAUGGACUUUCUCAGAUUCUGUGUUUUUCAGUAGGUUUGAGGUUAAACAUAAAGUGGGUGAACUAUCCACUACUGAUCUCCAUCCUGAAUUCUGUUCUGAUAAUACAGAUUCCAUGAGUUGUAAUUUCAGGCUAAUAGAAAAUUUAGUGUGAAUCAUAUAGGAGAUAUUUUACGAAGUGAAUUUACUGUCGUCUAUUAUUAGGAAUACUUUAAAACAGGAAAAAGUUAGGCAUUUCCAGUAAAAUUAAUUUCAAUCUGCUUUAACUUUUCAGGUUGAGGAUUUUUUUUUUAUUUUAUUUUUUUUUUUAGAAGUCUCCACAAUUUCCUACAAAAAAGUUUCUAUUCUUAAGCCAAGGCAAAUAACAAAACUUUCUGUGGGAAGUGUAAUGAAGGUGGUUUUUGCUUCUCACUGCAACAGAUAUCAAUGUUAUUGCUUAGUUUCACUUGGAAACAUGUUUGCAUUUUUUUCAAAGUCAUCUACAUUCAAAAUAUUUACAAACAUGGGGGAAUCACUGACCAGGGGAGAGGUUCCAUUCAUUUUCUACCUAUUUAUGCAGCAGUGUAACAUACAGUGUCAACUCGGGACAUUACAUUUUUGCACAUAAAUAGCGCUACAAUAAUGUUUCUUUGAAAACUUUUGCAGUACAAAUGCUGUUCUAACGCUGCGUCUGUCCUUGUUUUGCAUUAAAUCUAUGUGCAAAAUUUAAUGUUAAAGACCAUGCAUUGUAAGGCACUGAACAAUUUCAAUUUUCAUUCAUCUGAAAGCGAGCUGGUUGCUCUCAGACAAAUUGUAAAACGAAACCAUGUUUUUCCCCUUAAAUUGGCAGCUGAUUCUUAUUAAAAACCAGUUCAAAGUCAAAUCUCAACAAAAUCUUAACAGCAUGGUUCAGAGAAGAAUAUAUUAAUCUUCCUGGCUAGUUACUAUUUUUUAUUUUAAUAUUAAUCAUUAUUGGGUUUACUUUGGAAGCUCACCUACACAAUCACUAAAUAUUGUCUUUGAAAAAAAUAUUUAUUGUAUUUUUUUCUCUGUUCUCAUUUAAAAAAAUAUUUUAAUUAGCAAUAUAGGUCUGUUCCAAUGAACCAGUAUGGAAAAUUGGGAUCUGGCUUUCUGAAAGCAAAAGAAAACAUCAAAAAGCUAACCAAGAUUAUCUGCUAGUAAUAACUAGUUGUUUUCUAUCAUAAGAUGUUGAUUGUAUGUGUACUUUACAUAAUGAAUUAAUCUUGGAAAAAGAAGUAGGUGCUAAUAGUAAUUUUUAUUUAUUUAUUUUUUUAAACAAGGAAAUUAUAACUCAACACAUUCUUUCACUUUCUCAGUCUUAAAUCCUUUACAUUUCAGGUUUUGUAAAGAAAAGUAACAGUAAAAUAUUUGUGGUUAACUGCCACUGCUGAAUGGUCUUACAAUUCACAAACUUUAGGGGCAGAAAUAGAACAAUUUAUUUUCAAGAUUAAGACACCAAGGAUAAGUAUGGUUUAAAUUUUUGCAGUUUUGUUCUCAUUACAGUGACAAAAGCCAGAAUUGUUACUGUGAAUAUAUCCUUUGUAUUGGUGACAUUUAUGAAAUAACUGAAUAAUCCACUCUCCCUGACUCAGAGAGAUUUCUCUUUUUCUUAAAGUCUCCUUUAUUUCUCUUUCUGUAGAAAGCCUCUCAAGUUUUGAAAACAAUGUGUUUACCAAAAAAUGAAAGAGCAAAUAGAACUGUAUGCAUUGUACAAAUGUUAAUGAGACAGGUUUACAUGCAUUCAAUCUAGUGGUGAAAGAUAUCUUUUGGAAAAAAAUGAGGGAGAGGGACAAGGACAGGAAAAAUGUUAAUUUCAGCUGAUUGAACCCACGAGCUUUAAGGCCAUGAUAAGUGUAAACAUUUUUUCUUUUGAGUUUUGAAAUAGCUGGUAGCUUUUGUUAGCAGUUCUUUUAGAUAAGCCUAGCACAAGCUCUAUUUAUACAAAAGCACUGUUUAUACAAAUGUUUCAAUACCAAUCAGAUAUUAAAUCUCACUGACAGUUCAUAUCAUUUUUUAAACACGGAAAAAUAUUUGAAGAGUGUGAUACUCCAGGCCUCAAGUGCAGCUCAAUUAUUUUCUAAAUCACAGGACAGUCUGACUAAGCGGGUGAAAUUGUGUUUGUGUCUGUUCACAAGACAUAGUUAACUGCCUCCCUAGAAUCACUGUGUUAAUGCCUACUGUGAUGUCUGCUUGUACCUUAAUGCUACACUGAGAAAACCUGUUUGAAUGUGACAUUGACGUUUUUGCAUAGAAUCAGAAUUGUCUGUAUUAAAGUGUAUUUAUAAAAAAAUAUAUUUUUUGUGGAAGGAAAGUAGGAUUCUAGUUAAUAUACCAUUGGGAAAAUGUUAGAAACAUUUUUACCAAGUUCAUUUAUAAUUCUUUGUAUCUUGUUAGUUACCUGAUCUGUUUCCUAUAAGAACAUCCACUGUGGCCAGUUUAGUGGCAAUGCAAUGCACUGUCAUGCAGAGAAUCUGGUUUUCAGAAAACUGGGAGUCUUUUGUUUCCUUUUGGGACAGUAAGAAACUGAGUAGGUUGCCAGGAGAAAAAGGAACCUUGGCACCAAUUCCACUUCUGUGGCUUUGGCUUCAGUAACUAGUCUGUUUGACUUGUUUGCAGAUAGAUAAGUAGGGAGAACAAAGAUUGAGAAUUCAGGGUGAGAAAAUUAGAUGCUACAAUUUAGUCUUCCUGUAGGAGGAGAGAACUAAAACUACACAAGGACUGAAUAAGAAGUACACUUGCUUAUAAUUAUUUAACAUUGGCAGCUUAGGCAUAAAUGUGCAGACUAGGGAAUAUGCUUAACUUUUUCCAUUACCUCGGAAAAAUGGUUAAAAACAUGUCACCUUCAUUAGCAAGUGUUUCUUCUCCUGUAACAAAUUGCAAAAUGUAAAAAAUAAAUAAAACAAAACAAAAACUAAAUAAAUUAUUGAUCCUAGAAAUGGGGGUUCUUGUUUAUUUUAUUUAACAUUGCAUAUUUAUUUUAGUACAUUAAAAACAUUUAAAUAUUUUUUUUAUUUCUUCCCUCCAUAUUUUAACUCCAAUUUUGUGCAAAUUUAUGUAACUAGAUUCAACUUCUGUGAUUGCAAACUAAACAAUGCACGUGUAAAAACUCUUCAGUGGUUUGCAUAGUUACAUAAGUAAAACAAUUAAAAUGUUUGAAAUGGGAUUCAGCGUUCUGAUUGGUGAGAGUAUCUUGGGGCAUA